UUCAGGCGGUUAUAGCGUCACACCGCUCCAAAUAGUGUGGUUGUCUCGCGAGUGAAUUCGCGUAGAUUCGCGUCUCCCGAAAGCUUUUUUGAGGGAAAAAGGCAAAAAAGCUUGGUUGUGUGUCUAUUGGUGGUCCGAAUGGGAUGAAAACGGGGUAUUGCGCGUUGUGAAGUAGGGCCUGACAUGCGAGGGAGAGAGUGAAAGAGAAGGAAGGAGAGUGCAAAGUAGAGAGAGGGAGAGUACAGAGGAAAAAGAAGAGGAGAGAAAAGCGAAAAUCAAAUUAGGCUCUCACAAGCACAGGGAGUUGUUUGGACCGUCGUUUGGAGUCGAGCUCUUCCAAAAAGUUCAAAAAGUAGAUUUUAACCUAAAAACUCGAAACUUGGUAGGUGCCGUCCUCCGUGCCUCCUCUCGCCGAUUUUCUAAUCUCGUUAGUGUGGACACGUGCCGGGCUUCACCAAUCUUAACAGGAUUGCCGGCGAGUGAGGGUUGAUAAAAAGCCGAGUACGGGAACAGCAGACGAUUUUCUCUUCCACCUUCGGCGACGUCCACUUCGACGUGACAGUGCCUCGUGCAUAACGGAAACGGAAUAUAGGAUAUAGGAGCAGGAGAGAGAAAGAGUGCGCAGGAGAGGAAAAGGAGAGAAGACUGAGUGAAAGAGAGAAGGAAGCGCGGUCACACCCAACCGGGAGAACGAGGCGAGCGAUACGAGUGCGAGCAGGGUGAGGGACCCAGGGACCACCAGGGUGGUUGACGGGUCGCCGAAAUUCACAUCCUCGAAGUGCGAGUAGGUGUGCCGGUAAUUCGGAGUCGCGUGUGACCGGUUCGCGUUCAGAUGUGUCGCUGGCGUCGUCCAGCAGUGUUCCGCCGCGUGUGAAAGAGGUGACCAGCGUGCGAGGUGGUGCUGCAGGUGCCGAGGAAAAGUCAGGAAGAGAUCGGAAGAUCAGGACCAGGAUUAGAAACUAUAUCUCGAUUGUGGAACGAAAUCUAGAUCGAGUUAAAAAAGAUUGAGGAGCAAGAGGAGGAAUCAGGAUCCAGGAUCUGGAAUCAGGAACGUCGGGUCCUAAGGUCAGCGGCGACGGCUGCGUUGCCAGCAAGACGGCGAAAAGGAGGCCAGGCUCGAGUUCCUAUUGUUGACGUCGGCGAGAUAAUACACGUCGAACCGACGACGACGACGAAGAGUCUGCCCGUUGGCUGUCGCGCUCGGGCGGCUAACUCUCGCUCCCUCCCCCCUUUCACUCCCUCCUCCUUACGAGGAGGAUCCCGCUGCCCUGAAUCAUGGCGUGCUGCCUGUCGGAAGAGGCCAAGGAACAGAAGCGGAUUAACCAGGAGAUUGAGCGGCAGCUCAGAAGGGAUAAAAGAGAUGCCAGGCGGGAACUCAAGCUCCUGCUACUCGGGACUGGUGAGUCGGGUAAAUCCACGUUCAUCAAACAGAUGAGAAUUAUACACGGUUCUGGGUACUCGGACGAAGAUAAGAGAGGUUUCAUCAAAUUGGUCUACCAAAAUAUUUUCAUGGCAAUGCAAUCUAUGAUUCGAGCCAUGGAUCUCCUGAAGAUCCAGUAUGGGGAUUCGUCGAAUAUAGAAAAAGCAGAGCUUGUUCGCGCUGUAGACUUCGAAACGGUAACGGCAUUUGAAAGUCCAUAUGUAGAAGCUAUUAAGGAUUUAUGGGCAGAUGCCGGUAUUCAAGAAUGUUAUGACCGUAGACGAGAGUACCAACUUACAGACUCGGCUAAAUACUACCUAAUGGAGAUAGAUCGAGUUGCAGCACCAAACUACCUCCCCACAGAACAGGACAUUCUUCGCGUAAGAGUGCCUACUACUGGUAUAAUUGAAUAUCCAUUUGACUUGGAAGAAAUCCGAUUUAGUUACCUUAGUGAUCUAGUACGUAUCGAGGCGCCUGACUAUCUUCCCACUGAGCAAGACAUUCUUCGAGCUCGAGCUCCCACUACAGGCAUUAUAGAAUAUCCAUUUGAUCUGGACUCCAUCAUAUUUAGGAUGGUAGACGUCGGCGGACAGAGAUCGGAGAGAAGAAAAUGGAUCCACUGUUUCGAAAAUGUCACUUCCAUAAUUUUUUUAGUAGCAUUAAGUGAAUACGAUCAAAUUCUGUUUGAAUCGGAAAACGAGAAUCGAAUGGAAGAAAGUAAGGCGUUAUUCAAGACGAUUAUAACAUAUCCCUGGUUUCAACACUCUUCCGUAAUUCUGUUCCUUAACAAGAAAGAUCUGCUCGAGGAAAAGAUAAUGUAUUCUCAUCUCGUCGACUACUUUCCUGAAUAUGAUGGCCCGCAAAGAGACGCUACAGCAGCUAGAGAAUUCAUACUGAGGAUGUUUGUCGACUUAAAUCCAGAUAGCGAAAAGAUUAUUUAUUCCCACUUCACAUGCGCCACAGAUACGGAAAACAUCAGGUUCGUGUUUGCGGCGGUGAAGGACACUAUCCUGCAAUCAAAUUUGAAGGAAUACAACUUGGUUUAGAGAUUUCCAGUAAGAAUUCGAAAUGGAUUCGACUGUUCCUGUGAGCUUGAUACCAGAGCUUCAGCAAUCAGCACCAAGCUUGAACUUUGUUAAAAGAGCUGAGCAGUAAGAACGAUGAAACAAAGUACGAGGAAAGGGUAGGGAAGCGCGCAGGAAACAAAUACUGCUCGUGUUGAUCGUAGACGACGAAUUAAGUCGUCUCAGCACGAGUGCACCAACUUUAGGUAGAUAGAUAUGAUGUGCGAUGGGAAUUCCAGCGACAAAAAAGAAAAAAACAAGGACCUAAAUCUGAACGUUAUACGUUCUUUCCUAAAACCUUUUCACUGUCGAUACCAACAAACUGAUUUAGUUUCAUACUCUAUUUGUUGAAUUUGUUACCUUUUUAUAGCUUAGCUUAGUCGAUCGAGCUGGGCUGACUGUGAAAUCGCCUGAUUUUUAUAUAACGAUACAAAAUAAUAAAUCACGAACAACAAGUAAACUUACGAAAAAGCACAGCGUAGCCACGCCGUGCCCAUGUCUGUCCAAAUGUGUGUUUCGAGAUGAGCGAUCUCAACGACGAGAACAUUUCGAGAGUAACAGAAGGGAGAACAAAAGCUUUUUAAUCACGAGUAGUCGGAGACACAAGUGAGAGCAAUUCUGGUGCCAUUUAAUAGUGUGGUGUUUUUAUUGCAGUCCUUUGUUAGAUGCAAAAAGCCAAAGUGUUUUUUUAUCUGUGCCAGAAAGGACUAAGAGUUUUUUCUGCAUGUGACUCAAAUUCACGAUUCAUCGUAUAAAUAUUGUUACAUAUAAUAUAUAAAAUGAAACCUAGAAUAGCGUCGAAGAAGUACGUCGGCAAAGCAAAACAAAACAAAAACAGGAAACUCUCCUCAUCCCCGUCUUUGCAUUACGAAAUAUUAGGAAACGGCAUCUAUUUGAUGUAGUUUUAGGUAAUUGGGAGGCGGGAGUAAGCAGGCUUCCCUGCCUCUCUCUCCUCCGAAGCCGGUGCUCGGAGCGCGAGGGCUUCAAACGCUAUCCUGGGGGCUUAUUAUUAUUAUUAUUAUUAUCAUCAACAUCGUCAUUAUCAUUUUUUUAUCAGUGUUGCGAUUACAAAACCAUGCGAGAAUUCAAUCCAUCUCACCACUUAGAGAGGGGAAAUUCGAAACUCGUGUUCUGUAAAAAGCUUGUCGAAUUAUUCUUCUCAGUUCGAUACCUCCAUGUUAAAAGAAACUUCCUCGAAUGGUUAGUUUAGGGGAGCACUCUGCCACUGCUCGCCCAAACCAGGCCUGUCCAGCGAGUAGAAAUUCCAGGAAUUUCGGUCAAAUCUGCUCUAAUCGCAGAUGUGAGUUUUCCACAUUCCAUUCUACUUUACGAGCAUUCUCGGGUGAGCAGAGAGAAGCGGUGGUGGAAAUGUUUCAUAUGGACUUUGAGUUCAUUUCCCUCUCUGGUCAGGCCUGAUCUAAACUGACCACCUUCCUUUUCGAGUUGGUCCUUCAUUUUAGUAUGAGUACGUGGCGCUAAAUGUGAAAUCAAACUACAAACGGUUGAGGUUUUUUAGAACUCAACGGAAUUCAAGUGAAUUAAAAUUAAUUCUAAAUAAUAUACUAAACGAGAAUAUUAAUUGCUAAACCUGUCGUUUGCUUACCGUGUAUUUGUACUAAAACAAGAGGCCAACUCAAAAAGUUGUGUGGUUUAGAUGACCAACGCAAGCGUGGUCGUGUAAACUAACCACUCAAAGAGGGUUUUUUUUCGACAUGGAUGUUUCGGAUUAAUAAUCAACUUCCAAAAGUUUCUCUUCUCUCCAACUUCAUAUUGUUCGUUUUUUUUUUCUACGAGACUUUAAAUUUCAAACAGGAAUUUCAAGGCUUCCCUGAUUUUGAGUUUUUGCGGAGAAAAUUUUUCGCCAGGUUAGUGCGAUCGCGAUUCCGUCGAUUUCAUCUAAGAUUCUUUCAGUUUCAAAGAACCGAGACGCCCACUGGCUGGGAGGAAAGAAGCGCGGAGGAGGUAGACUGAUUAAAUACUGAACCAAUCGAUUUUUCUUUUGCAAUGUGAUACUAGUUAUGAGAUUCUUGGAGCACCUUACGUCCCAGAGAAGACGAGCCUGCAAGGCGUGACAAAAUUGUGAAAAUCAAAAGAUUUCGACUCUGUUUUUCUUCUUCGCAACGCGUCGCUUUGCGGUCAAUUGUGGAAAGUACGAGUGUGAAUUUGAAAUCCUUUUUUUUCGCGUUAACUGAUAUUUGUCAAAUUGGGUCACUUUUCCAGCCCAACUGAUUUUUCUUUAUAAGAAAAUCAAAACUUACUUUUGUGUUAUUCAGUGGAAAAACUAGAGGCUUCAAAAAGAAGUUUUUCAUUCCUUUUUUGUAUUCUCAUUAAGCUAGGAACUGUGCUUUCUUGUGAGCGCUUCAAGCAAUAAUAUGUGUCUCAGUUUGAACACAGUCUUUAUUUUUAGUACUUACAUCUAGGCCUCGAAAUAUAAUAAAUUUGCACUCGGCUGCAAAAUGUCCCUCGUCUUUUUUCUGUUUUUUUCCUCAGAAUUACCUACCCAAUGAAAUCGAAACCUUUAUUUUUAUUCUUAUUACUGAUCGUUUUCCUAAAAAUGUAGGAAUGAAUUUUCAUUUUUGUUUUAGCGAUUUCUUUGUUUGCCCUUUGAUUGAUCCUCUUGACAAUGGAAGCAUUUACCAAUAACUAUUGGAAUUGAACAAGACAGGAAUUGAAACCAAAACUAGUGUGAAUAAGAAUCGAAGACAUGUUUAUUUAGAGUUUCAAUUAUUAGUUUAGUCAUUUUAUGCUGCAUUAAACAAUCCAAUCCAAUGAGUAGUGCCAACAGAGAGAGAGAGAGAGAGAGAGAGGAAUUUUAUUACAUCUAGUUUUUUACUGUAAUUAUUUUUUUAUUGAAGCUACUUUUAUACUAGAGACAGUUUUAUAUUACAUCGAGUAUUCCAAAACAGGGCGAUUAGAAACUGUUGGAAUGAUUUCAAAUUCACAAUCGUCGUCGAUCAGCGAUAAAAAUUUAUUAGAUUUGGGGAUUGGUCUGCGAAGCGACGAGAACUAGUCGACAUCGUAUCCGUUAGUCUGUCGAUGUAGCCCUCGCCUAUCGGCACAGAGCAUUCCGUAGCGAGCCACAGGAAUUAAAAAAUGUCGUUCUUGUUGCUGGCUCGCUAUGUAUCCACCUUACAGUGUACGUAUGUAUCAACUGCUCACUGCCUGCGCUCGCUCAUACUGGCCAGCGCGCUGCCCAGUGCCAUUGUUUUUUUUUUAAGGCUUAAGAGUUCGCCGUUUGCAUCGCCUUUCUUCUCGUUUCUACGUACUAACGAUGACACGGAGGUGGUGAAUUCGGCUUGACCACGAACCUGGAGAACACUCGCAUCCCGAAUUCUUAGGCGUUAUUCGUAAACAGCAAAGUGUCUGGAGUACGAGGCUCGAUAGUGAAAAUUAAUUCAAUUUUACGAUUGUAAUUAAUGAAAUAAGUUUAUUCGAUAUCUUCAUGUUAAAAGAAACUCUCUCUCUCCCUCGGAUUGUAGGUCUAAAACGACAACUCUGGUGUUGGUCAUAUAAACUGAAUACUUUACUGUUUAAGUUCGCCUCUACUUUUAGUAUGCAUACUCUUUGGUUAAGUAUAUUAUUUACAAUUCUUUGGAAUUUACUUAAAUUUUUUUGAAUUCUUUGCAUUCCGGUGACUUUUUCUAAAUUCUUUUGAUUGGCUCUUAAUGCUUUUAAACUCUUUCAAAAUAUUUUCAUUCCUUUCAACUUCCCUGAAAUAUUCAAUAUUCCUUUUUCAUCCCCCUAACUAUCUGAGAUCUUGCAUUGUUUUGAAGUCCUCGAAAUUUCUUGAAUUUCGUGAGUUAUAUGAAUUCCUUGAAUUCGUAGAAUUCACUUAAAUUCCUUUAAUUUCAGGUACUUUAAAAUAAUAAGAGGAUUCUGGGAAUUACGAGAAUUCAAGAAAUUAAGAGUAUUCAGGGAAUCCAGAGAAUUCAAGGAGUUGAGGUAAUUGAAAGAACUCAGAUGAUUCAAAGUAUAUAGAUAAUUCAAGGAAUUUAGAGAACUCCAAAUAUUCCAAAGGAAUUCAAUGUAAAUUAAACAUAAUUCUAAAUAAUAUACUAAAAGACCAGAGACUAUUGAUUACUAAACCUGUCUGACAUUUGCCGCGAAUUCGUACUAAAAUGAGGGGUCUACUCAAAUAGAAACAGAGUGUUUAGCUAUCAGGAACAACCCCAGUGUGGCCAUUAACAUGUAGGUAUCGAAUUUUCGAACUCCAGAUGGAGCUGCCAACGCCACACGCACACCGGGCAGCAAACGUCAUACUUACUUUGGUUGAAUCACUGAGUUUAUAUGGAAAAAUACAAAAUAUAUAAAUGCAUUGGAUAAAGUAUAAUACUAAGAGAUAACAACAAAUAAUAUUGAAUAAUAAUAAUACUGCUUGGUUUUAAGAACGCGUGUGUGUGUAUGUUUAUCCAGGGUGAGGGAGCAAUAGUGCGAAUUUCGAAUGCAGUCACCCGGAAGAGAAAAGAGUAUGUGUUUUGUGUGCGUGUGUGUGUAUGUGUUUGUAGAGUGACGGAGAAAAAGAAAAAUAUAAUGCGAGGAUUUAAACAGUGAGUGAGAAUAAGCGAGCGAGAAUGAGAUUCUACAUUUGACACUUGUGAUUUGAUUUGUUCGGGUAUCGCGUAUGAGUGUGUUGUGACAAAAUUUUAACGAGGCACACCGGUAAGACGCUGGGGCGUCGCAAUGCUUGAUGCGGAAAUGAGCGAAUGAAAAAACGCAAAUUUGUGGCUAUACUUGAUUUGUAAAUCAUUUCUUGUCAAAAGUAUACAGUUUUCUGAAAGCGUAAUAUGUUGGGUAUUCUUUCUGUGUGUAAAAAUGUAAACACCUACAAACCCACGAUGAAAUCAAUGUUUCUAACUUAUUUAUAAUAAAUAAUAUACAUUAAUGAUAAAAAUAAACACA